AUAGAGAGAGGAGUGAGCGAGCGAGCGAGAGAGAGAGAGAGAGAGAGAGAGAGAGAGAGAGCGCACAGCUUACAGUGCAGAUCUGCCUCCAUGUGGAUUGUAGCCCCAGAGCUGUUUCCUUGCCCUCGGACUGGCUGAGUUUGGCUUCUCUGCUGGGCACCUCCGCGGAGCCUUCAAACCAAGUCUCUGGGAGUUCGCCUCUUCUCCUCCGCAGGGAAGAGAGGCGUCGGCAAGAACUGGGCUCCCCUACCCCCACCCACAACCCGUGCCUGCCCCUGCAGUCCUCCGGUGCUGAGGUGCCUCGACUGUCACCAUGACUGACACGGUGUUCAGCGGCGGCUCCAGCCGCUGGACGUACCCCAGUGACCGGCCCCUGCAGUCCAGUGAUAAAGAACAGCUGCAGGGGGGCUGGUCCGUGCACCCCAGCGGUCAGCCCGCCGGCCAGCGGAAGCAGGAGGAGCUGACGGACGAGGAGAAGGAGAUCAUCAACAGCGUGAUCGCGCGCGCCGAGAAGAUGGAGGCCAUGGAGCAGGAGCGCAUCGGGCGCCUGGUGGACCGUCUGGAGAACAUGAGGAAGAACGUGGCGGGGGACGGGGUGAGCCGCUGUAUCCUAUGUGGGGAGCAGCUGGGGGCACUAGGCUCAGCCCGCGUCGUGUGUGAGGACUGUAAGAAGAACAUCUGCACCCGGUGUGGCGUGGAGACCUCCAACAACCGCCCGCAUCCCGUGUGGCUCUGCAAAAUCUGCAUCGAGCAGAGGGAGGUGUGGAAGCGUUCUGGAGCGUGGUUCUUCAAGGGCUUCCCCAAGCAAGUCCUUCCCCAGCCAAUGCCUAUAAAGAAGACUAAGCCCCAGCAGCCUGUCCAUGAGCCUGCUGCCCUCGAGCAGCCCACCCCUGAGCCCAAGCACAUUGCCCCAGCUCCAGUUCAAGGCCCUGAGCCAGCCGCUGCUCCUGGGCGAGGAAGCCACGGGCCGCCUGUCCGCAGGGCCUCAGAGGCACGAAUGAGCGUCGCCAGCCGGGACGCAGAUGGCUGGGACCAAGGUGCAGCCGGGGACACUGGCCGGGGUCCUGCAGGUUUGCGACGCGCCAACUCAGUCCAGGCUGCCAGAGUUGCCCCCGCCUCGACUAUGCAGAGCCCAGCACCUGCCCAGCCCGGGCAGCCAGGCCCCCCUGGAGGCAGCAGACCCAGCCCCGCACCCACAGGACGCUUUCCGGACCAGAGAGCAGAAGCAGCUCCCAGCGACCCCAGCCACACAGGGGUCAUGGCCCCGGCCAGGGAGGAGCGGGUCGGGGCAGCCGGGGGCUACUCAGUGGCUGGCAUCAGGGAGGACCGAGCGGGACCCCCUCCGGGCUCCUAUCCCCCCGCACCUGCGGCCACCGCCAGCCCUGCCCGCCAGCCCCCACCCCCAGAGGAGGAGGAGGAGGAAGCCAACAGCUACGACUCCGAUGAAGCAACCACGCUGGGCGCCCUGGAGUUCAGCCUCCUGUAUGACCAGGACAGCAGCUCCCUCAACUGCACCAUCCUGAAGGCCAAGGGCCUGAAGCCCAUGGAUUCCAACGGCCUGGCCGACCCCUAUGUGAAGCUGCACCUCUUGCCCGGGGCCAGCAAGUCCAACAAGCUCCGGACAAAGACCCUGCGGAACACGCGGAACCCGGUGUGGAAUGAGACUCUGGUGUACCACGGCAUCACGGACGAGGACAUGCAGAGGAAGACACUCAGGAUCUCCGUCUGUGAUGAGGACAAAUUCGGGCAUAACGAGUUUAUCGGGGAGACCAGAUUCUCGCUCAAGAAACUGAAGCCCAAUCAGAGGAAGAAUUUCAACAUCUGCUUGGAGAGGGUCAUCCCCAUGAAGCGCGCGGGCACCACCGGGUCCGCCCGAGGCAUGGCCCUGUAUGAGGAGGAGCAGGUGGAGCGCAUCGGGGACAUUGAGGAACGCGGCAAGAUCCUGGUGUCCCUCAUGUACAGCACACAGCAGGGCGGCCUCAUCGUGGGCAUCGUGCGCUGCGUGCACCUGGCCGCCAUGGACGCCAACGGCUACUCGGACCCGUUCGUCAAACUCUGGCUGAAACCAGACAUGGGGAAGAAGGCCAAGCACAAGACUCAGAUCAAGAAGAAGACACUGAACCCUGAAUUCAACGAGGAGUUCUUCUAUGACAUCAAGCAUAGUGACCUGGCCAAGAAGUCCCUGGACAUCUCCGUCUGGGACUACGACAUCGGCAAGUCCAACGACUACAUCGGGGGCUGCCAGCUGGGCAUCUCGGCCAAGGGGGAGCGCCUGAAGCACUGGUACGAGUGUCUGAAGAACAAGGACAAGCGCGUGGAGCGCUGGCACCAGCUGCAGAACGAGAACCACGUGGCCAGUGACUAGGGCGGCACCCGCGCCCCAGCCCCCACCCGCCCGCAGCCCUGACCCCCGCCCCCA